UGCAGACUUAUUUAGCUUGGAUUUUUUUGAUCACUUGGUUUCCUUGCCAUCUGGAAGCCUAUCAGCUUUUGGAAAAUAAUUGUGGACAUUUAAAUUCAGGCAGAGUUGUUAAUGGAAAAAAUUCAAGCAUACAAUACGCUGCUUGGAUGGCAGCCAUACAAAAUGAGACCCAUUUUCUGUGUGGAGGCACGCUGAUUCACAAUCGUUUUGUAUUAACUGCCGCUCGUUGCAUACAUGGUCAUACAAAUUUGUUUGUAAGAUUGGGAGCAUACAACAAAAGUGAGCCUACCUUUCAGGUCAAAGUCACUGCUGCAAUUAUACACCGUUCGUCGUCCAUAUUUGAUUUUCAUUAUAAUGUAGGCCUGCUCAAAUUAUCAAGCAGGGUCAAAUAUAAUUUUUACGUUCGUCCAAUCUGUAUUAUUUUGGAUACAAAACAUAAGAGUUUUAUACCGACAACGUUGAAAGCCUUUGGCUGGGGACAAAACAGUGAUAACCUGGAAUCUGAUAUACUUCAAACUAUCACCCUGGAUCAUUACAAUGAAAGAGUGUGUAACAGGCGCUUGAAUUUUACCAUGAGUUCGGAACAGAUAUGUGCAGGUGCCUAUAACGGCGACACCUGUGGUAGUGAUUCCGGAGGUCCAUUGAGCACUACUUUGACCGUCAAUGGAUUGCCCCGCGAAGCGCAGAUCGGUAUCGUUAGCUUUGGCCUAAGAACCUGCAAUGGACCGGGCGUGUAUACCAAAGUGGCUAGUUAUGUGGAUUGGAUACAGAAAAGAAUAUCCAACUUUGAUGAUUCUAAUAAGCCACAGCUCGCAAUGCCACAACAAUCUCCGCCUGCAAUGGUUCAAGACAUGUGGUUGCACAGGGACUGCGGUGGCGGUACCAUGGCAUCAAUUUUACGGGCCGACAUUUUUGGACAUAAUUUCAGGGCCCAUGGAGUGCUGAUCACAGACCGUUUUGUCAUAACCACUGCCAGACACUUAUCGGAAAAUCAUGAUGCGCUAAAAGUUAUUCCAAUCGGAAUGGGAUGGACAUAUGGUGACCACCGAGUUGACUCAGUCUUUAAGCAUACUAGUGAUAUAGCUUUGCUUAAACUUAGUCGACCGAUGAGGCCCACAGAUGGAAUGAAACCGAUCUGUAUGCUUUCGAACGACCAACUCCAACGGAUGGGCGAACCUCCUCUGCCCUUAUCUGUAUUUGACCCCGUUAGCGGUGGACACUUUUAUUUAUAUACUCGGGAGUGUCCAUGGACAAUCAAUGCGGAUGAAAUUUGUGUGGGAACUCCUCCUGGAAUAAGCACUACAUUUGGAAAGGCUGGUGACAUAUUGGGAAAACAGAUUAUUGUUUCGAAAAAAGGUCGGUUUGUUUUGUUUGGUAUUGUCAGUUAUUCAAGUGAUGGUUACCACAUUCUUACAAAUGUAAUGAAACAUACAGGGUGGAUCGCAAAUACCGUUAAACAAAAUCAAUUUUAGCAACCAAGUAGAAAAGCUUUUCCAUGGCUUUACUUUUGAACCCCUGAUUUUAAGGAAGGUAAUCUUGGAAUUUAUUUGAAGUUUGUCGACGG